GCCACGCAGCCAGCCAUAUAUCACCCUCCACCCACCGUGAAACUCUAUCCUCGCUCGUCUCUAUCCGUCGCACUUCUUCCAUCUGUUGUCUCGUCUUGACGUCGUGAACUUCGACACCGACCACCGCCGCCAUGGUUUACAAGCUGUCGUAUCGCCGCCCCUCCUACAAUGCCUCCAACCGCAACUCGCUCACCGGCGAGGAGAAGGAGCGCUCCAUCAACGAAUCCAUCGCGUCGAUGGGCUCGUCCAUGAGCAAUGGCAUCCCCGAAGCCCUAUCGUUUGACCGAGUCGUCGCCGGUGGUGCCUGCCCCCCUUGUACCCUUCGCGACUUCAUGAACUACCUCAAGUACAUCGAGCAUUCUGCCGAGAACCUACAAUUCUACCUCUGGUUCCAUGACUACUCCGCGCGCUUCGAGAACCUUCCGGCCAGCGAGCGAGCCUUGUCCCCGCCGUGGUCAAAGACUCAAGCGGAAGCCGAAGUCUCGGGCAUGAAGGCAUCGACCAGGACGCCCAAGAUCGUCGACCCACACGUCGAUGCCGUCCUCCAGGGCACCGAGUUCGCAGACACCAAGCCAAAGUCGCCCGAUGAGCAGGCGGAUCCAUUUGGCACACCCGAUGCCCCAUCCUCGCCCAGCGGAAUACAAGAAGAUGGCACGGAGAGUGCGUCGUCUGCAGGGGACGAGAAAACGCUCUCGAGCAGCACGGCAGUGCAAUCCAUCGCCGCAAAUGCUUUUGAGGAUUCCGGGUUCCAGUGGAAACCUUUCACCGCUCAGCCAUAUCGCGAUGAAAUCAACCGCAUCAUCACAAUCUACCUCAUGAGACGCAGCUCACGCGAGCUCAACAUCUCCGAUCGUGAACGAGUGGCAGUCCUGCACGCUCUGCAGAACACCACCCACCCGACCGCCUUCCGUCUCCUCGCCGCCAACGUCGAAUACGCCUUGCGCCGGCAAUCCCACCCCAACUUCAUCCGCUGGACCAUCUGCAACGGCAAUCGUCCUCGCGUCGUCUUCGCCCGCGGUCUUGGCGUUUUCUGCAUCGUCGGUGGGCUGCUCGCAGACCUGCUAAUCACGCUCAGCCGCGCCAGUCGCGGCUGGCGCGCGCUACCCUUCCUCUUGUGGUUCCUCGGAAUCGCCACCCUCAUCGCCGCGUGGAAGGGAAUGUGCGUUGUCCUUCACGGUCUGCACCACCGCCAUCUUCGACCAUGGGAGCUUUUCGCAGACGACGAAGACGAUGUGCCAAGCGAGAAGCGCGACUCCUCCGACAGCCUUGCUAGCAGCUCGCGGAACUCGUUCGAGGACGAGCCGUGGGUUGCCAGCUAUCGGAAGCGCAACCUCAUUCGCAAGAUCUUCGACCGCGAGCUGUGGAUUGAGGAGCCUGCGCUGCGACAGAUACAAGACACCAUCUUCUUGCAGGCGAUCAUCGGGUCUUUUGCGUUGUCAGCCAUUAUUGUUGGCAUCUUCUGCGCGGUGCCGAAGGGCAAUUUCUACUAGCUGCUUGUUGUUCACGGU